AUGGCAUCCGAUCCCUUCUUCGCCUUCGUCGAGGCCCGCCGCACCAUCUACGCUCUCUCCGAUUCGUCGCCCAUCCCUGAUGCACGCAUUAUCGAGAUCGUGCAAAAGGCCGUUCGCCACGUGCCCAGCUCAUACAAUGUGCAAUCUGCGCGCGCUGUGGUCAUCCUGAAGGAAGAGCACAAGAAGGUCUGGGAUUUUGCUGAUGCGGCCAUCAAGGCGACCAUGCCCGAGGCCGUUUACACCAUGUUGGCCCCGCGUUUUGCUGCGUUCAGGGGUGCUUAUGGAUCGGUCCUCUUCUUCGAAGACAGCACCGAUUUGGAGAAUUUGAAGUUGCAGCACGCCAGUGCCGCUCCCCUGAUCGAUGAGUUCUCUGAUGUCUCGAGUGGCAUGCACCAAUUUACCGUCUGGACGGCCCUCAAAGCCGAAGGUCUCGGUGCCAGCCUGCAGCACUUCCAAUUCUCGCCCGUUUUCACCGAGAAGGUGCAGGAAGAAUGGAAGUUGCCCAAGACAUGGAAGCUCAAGGCUCAGUUGGUCAUUGGAACUCCCACUGGUGAGCUGUCCGAGAAGACAUUCAAGCCAAUUGAGGACCGUGUCAAGGCGUUUGGACAGUAG